AUGGCAGACAGUCAAAGUCACGUCCUUUUGUCGAAUGGCACACUACGACAAGGCUCGACACUAGGGAGGGGCGACCAACAGAAUCGCAACCAGCAGAAUCCGGAGUCCAGUUUCUCCCGCAAAACGAAGAAACUGACCUGCGAAGAGCGUCGACUCCAGCUCUGCGCCGAUUUCGAGUUCACCAAGUUCGACGCCAUGAUAUAUAGCCAGCCCGACGCCACGAGACCUCCUCUGGGGGUGUAUACUCUGGCUGCGCCAAUAGAGACCUCGAAAGGAGCCUCGACAUCUUGUGCAGAUGACGGCCGCUUUCAUAUGAAGCUUGACCCCCGCAUUCACUGGCCACAUAAUCGCAGCGACCAGUGGUACAAGUCAAAGAUGGAGGAAAUCAAAGCCCGAGGUGGUCGCAAGGCAAAUUUUGGCAAAGCAGCCCAGCGCAUGCGACAGCAGCGCUUGGCAGAAGAGCGCCAGGAAGAGGAAGAUAAGUUGGGCGUCGCUCGAGGCGAGCCACGGCCUUGGUCACACCAUAGGCACAUGGACUUUGGUGAUGUCCCUGAAGAGGAGUUGCCAAUCUAUGUACGCAGGAACGAGGAGUGGGUGCGGGGAGCGGCCUGGAUGCGCAAGAUGCAUGAAGAGAGUCGGCGGAGAGACGCUCGUCGUGCCGCUGAGCUAUUCAAGGAGCAUCUCGCCUCAAAUGGUCGGUAA